GGGAGACAUGGCGGCGGAGCGCACGGCCCCCGGACCCGCCGCUGCUGACAGCUGAGCUCCUUCGGCAAUGCCACAGUCCCAUCUCUGAUGAGACCAUGACAACCCACACCCGUGGGUCCCCCACAGUGUUCCUCAUAAGCCUGGUGUGGCCCCUGCUGGCUCCGGUGCGCGGAGCAGAGGUGGACCCCAGCACCAGGAUCCCCUUCAUGGGAGGCAACUAUGACGGCCACCCCAUGCUGUACUUCGGCCCUGCGGACGUGGAGGAGCUGCAGUACGCGGCGGCGGGGACUCACCGGGCCAUGGCCAGGAGGAUCCGGGAGGCUGGGGAAGCCAUGCUGGAGCACCCGGAGGAGUACCUGCCCCCCUGGAGCCCGGCGGAGUUCAGCGCCCGCUGGAACGAGGUCUACGGGAACAACCUAGGGGUGCUGUCCAUGUUCUGCCUGCUGUACCCCCACAGGGCCGGGGCCCUCAGCUUCGCCAAGGACUACAUGGAGAGGAUGGCCGCUCAACCUAGUUGGCUGGUCAAAGACGCCCCCUGGGACGAGGUUCCUCUGGCCCACUCUCUGGUGGGCUUCGCCACGGCGUACGACUUCCUGUACGAGUACCUGAGCAAAGGCCAGCAGGAGCGGUUCCUGCAGGUGAUCGGCAACGCGUCACGCCUGAUGUACGAGAGGUCCUACGUGGGAGGCUGGGGCUUCCAGUACCUGCACAACCAUCAGCCCACCAACUGUGUGGCUCUGCUCACAGGAAGCCUGGUGUACAUGACCCAAGGUUACCUGCAGGAGGCGUACCUCUGGACCAAGCAGGUCCUGUCCAUCAUGGAGAAGUCCAUGGUCCUCCUGCAGGACGUGACGGACGGCUCGCUGUACGAGGGCGUGGCCUACGGGACGUACACCACCCGCUCUCUGUUCCAGUACAUGUUCCUAGUGCAGCGGCACUUCGCCAUCAGCCACUUCAACCACCCCUGGCUGCUGAAACACUUCGCCUUCCUGUACAGGACCAUCCUGCCGGGAUUUCAGCGGACUAUCGCCAUUGCAGAUUCCAACUACAACUGGUUCUACGGCCCAGAGAGUCAGCUAGUCUUCCUGGACCGUUAUGUGUUGCGUAACGGCAGUGGAAACUGGCUGGCAGAUCUGAUUCAUCAAAACCGGGUGACUGAAGGGCCGGGCCAGGCUGGAAAGGGCCAGCGCUGGUGCACGCUCCACACAGAGUUCAUCUGGUACGACCCAGGCCUGAUCCCAAAAGCACCAGCAGAUUUUGGAAUGCCUCAACUCCACUACUUCGAGGACUGGGGCGUAGUCACGUAUGGCAGCGCUUUACCCGCGGACACCAACCGCUCCUUUCUCUCGUUCAAGUCCGGCAAAAUAGGGGGACGCGCCAUCUUUGAUAUUGUUCACAAGAACAAGUACAAAGAGUGGAUCAAAGGGUGGAAGAACUUUAACGCCGGCCACGAGCACCCUGAUCAAAACUCUUUCACCUUUGCGCCCAACGGUGUCCCGUUCAUCACAGAAGCACUAUACGGACCCAAGUACACUUUGUUGAACAAUGUAGUGCUGUUUGGGCCGGCCCUCUCAGGGAGCUGCUUUAGGCCUUGGGUUGGACAGGUUACAGAGGCCUGUGAGUCCAAGUGGCUGAAUUACAAGGUGGGCCUGGCAGCUGAUGCCCAGGGAAGGGUCGAAGCUGUAAUGAAGAGGGAGGAUAUCGUCUUCAUCCGAGGUGAGGGCCACUCGGCUUAUAAUCCCGAACUGAAGAUCAGGAACUUCCAGAGGAACCUACUCCUCCUUCACCCACAGCUCCUGCUCCUGGUGGACCACAUCCACCUGGACCCAGAUAGCCCAGCCAGGGCCAUGGGUGCCUUCUUUCACAACACAGAGCUGCCGUUCCACAGUAUAAAAGUGGACCAUGUUCAUGGAGCGUUUGUGUCACACGGAGAAGAUAAAUACAAGAUGUUCUGGAUGGACGAUACAAACAACAGCAACAAAGGGAUGGUAGGUUACUGGAAUUACCCCCGAGGGUACCCAUAUAAUGGCUCUAACUAUGUGAACGUCACAAUGCCAUUGAGGUACCCUUAUACGAGGAUGGCCUAUAUUUUCUUUGGACCAGAUAUAGAUGUACAGAGCUUCAGCCUGCGUGGGGACAAUCAGAGAGUGGAUAUUUAUAUCGCCACCAAGGAGCACACCUACACCAUCUACUUGCUGACUGGAGAGGUGGUGAGUAGGCCUCUGUUCGCCAUGGUGCUGGUCGACCAAAAGAAGAUUGUAUUUGAGAGGGCAGCAGCGAUGGCGGACCACUUGCCCGCCGAAGUGGAGGAGUACGUCAGUGUGGUGGAGGACAAUCUCCAGCACGUCAAGCCAGUCUUCCAGCAAAUGGAGAGGCACAUCCUGGGACGGGUCCUCAACACCGCCAGCUUCCGUAAGACUGCAGAACGCCUCCUUCAGUUCUCCGACAAGAAGAAGAAGGAGGAGGUCAUCGAAAAGAUAUUCACUAUGUCCAGGAAACAGAGCAAAGGUAAAGGAGGAAAGAAAAUAAACCUCGGGGAGAAACUUACGGAGAAUAUGCCUGACAUUUUUGCACAGGUUGAGGUAAGUGAAAAGAAGGAGAGACAGAGAACUUCGAAGCGUACGUAUGAGGACAGUCCAGAGGAAGGGGACGGAGAUUCCCGGGCCUUUAUGGAUUAUGCAGAAGGCCGCAAGAACAGAAAGGGCGGCUUCAUUAAGGGCCGCAAAUUCAAGGAGGUGCACAUUGUGGCGACGGCAGGAAGUGAAGGUCUCUCCAACACAGCCUCCUACAUUCGAUUGUUCCUCCUCCUGAACACUGCCACCUUCUUCUUACUGCUGGCCGUUCUGCUCACUCGUUUCCAGAGGGGACGGAGCCUGCAGACGCAGAGGUGCUUCUACACCAUCCUCCUGAUCGACUGCUUCAUCCUGCUGUACCUCUACUCCUCCUGCUCUCACACACAGUGCUAGCAUCAUCAGCAUUUACAGCGAGACAGGCUCACAGUGAACCUAAAGCACUUUACACCUCACUCGGGGGCAGGGCUGACAGCAAAGCAUUACGACCACUGUUCAAAAGAUGUUUGCCAUUUCAGGGAGAAAAAGCGGAAAUAUAUUGACAUUAUAUAUUGAUUUUUUUUACUCACGCCAGAAUGCACCUUGUGUUCAUCCAGUGACAUGUGACAGACCUGGAGUCUCACUUUCCGUUUGGAACUGUUAGGACGCUACAAAGAGCAGUACAGUAAUCCCUGUUUUUUUGGGGGGGUUACGUUCCAAAAAGAACCCGUUAUAGGUGAAAUCCGCGAAGCAGCAACCUUUUUUUUUUUUUUAACAAUUAUUAUACAAGGCUUCAAAUUGCGGAGAUUAGCACCGCCCCACGCGACCCGAUUAAUUGGAUUUGAACGGAAGAAAAUGAAAAAUUAUUAUGAAAAAAAAUACAACAAGUACAGUAGGAGAAUUUGUGACUGGCGCGUAUUCCACUGCUCUUCUGAGCCGCUGCAUCCUGACUCGCUCUGUAGCGUCUUUUUCUCCUAAAGCCGCGGUGCAGGUGUGUUUUUUCGAGAGAAGAACAUAGUUAUGGGUCGUUGUUGUCGCUCUUUUUUCUUCUGGGCAAAAAGAUUCUUAUAAACCGACAUCCCACCAUGGAUUAUAUCUGAGACUGUAAUGAACGAUUCAUCAAAGGUCCCGUUCUUGAGCUGCUGCUGAAGCUCAUUGGCUGUUCUCGGCUUGUUGCUAAGCAACCAACGUUAUUGACACAGGAAGUGAAGAAGCGGGGAGACUGUUUACCCAAUCAGAAUGCAGAACACGAUGCACAAUGCAAAUCCGUGAAGCAGCGAGACGUGAAAGGUGAACCGUGUUAUAGCCAGGGAUUACUGUACCGUAAGAUCGGGUGCUACAGUAAGAGGUGGCUCGACGGGUUUCCUCCUCGAGGGUUUUCCUCCUAACUAUCCGUUUGUAGAAAAAAAAAUUCUUCUUGAUGUAUCAAAGUGUCCGUGAGCGAGACACUGAAACCCCAACAUUGUUUCCAAUAUGUUCACUAUUUUGUGAUAAAAAAAAAAGAGAGCGUGAUGCAGACGGUGUACAGGACUCAUGUGUGCAGUGUGACAGGUGGGCGUUUUUGAAUGCAAGGCUGUGUAUAAGACUAAAGGUCUGAUUUGAUGGACCAAUCCAUCCAUCCAUCCAUCCAUCCAUCCAUCCAUCCAUCCAUCCAUCCAUCCAUCCAUCCAUCCAUCCAUCCUGGGUCUGCCUCAGGGUCUCCCCACCUCCCCACAAUUUGUUCAGGACCACACCGGGCUCCUAAACAAAUGCCUGAACCACUUGAAUUGGCUAAUCUUUAUGUGGCAAAGCAGUGAAUGAAAGGACUUCUUGCACUACCUGUGAGGGAGAAUCCAGCCACCCUGCAGAGGAAAUUAAUUUGAACUUCUCUUGUCCACAAGGCCGUUCUUUUGGUCCCUACCCACAGGUUGUGACCGCGGCUGAGACUAGGAUCAUAACAGGGGUACCUUGAAUACAAAAUUAAGUUACGUACGGCAAUGUUACUGGUGACAUGUAGCUCCAAAAAAUGUGAAAAGAAGUCCAAAAAGCUUAGAAAAAACAAGAAAAGUCUUCCGCAGGCCGCCCAAACCAAUUCAAUUCAAUUUUAUUUAUAUAGCGUCUAAUACAACAAAAGUUGUUUCUAGGCCGGCGGUCGGCAACCCACGGCUCUAGAGCCGCAUGCGGCUCUUUAGCGCCGCCCUAGUGGCUCCCUGGAGCUUUUUAAAAAAUGUUUGACCUUUUUUUUUCUUUUUUUCUUUUUUUUUCCUUUUUCUUCUCUUUUUUCUCUUUUUUUCCUUUUUUUCUCUUUUUUCUUUCCUUUUUAAUCUCGACAUUUCGGCUUUUUUCUCAACAUUUGAUCUUUUUACUCGAGAUAGUACUUCAACAUUAAUCUCGACAUUUCGACUUUUUUCUCGACAUUUCGACUUUUUUCUUGACAUUUCGCCUUUUUCUCGAAUGCAUAAUGAAAAAAAAAUCUUCCCCCAGUUAUAACUAAUAUAGAUACAUGCAGCAUGUGUUGCCUUCAUUCCAAAGGCUGAUUUAUGGUUCCACGUUACACCAACGCAGAGCCUACGCCGUACCCUACGGCGUCGAUUUAACGUGGAACCAUAAUUCAGGCUUAAGGCUUAUACAAGACUUUUCAUUUUUUGCGGCUCCAGACAUAUUUGGUUUUUGUGUUUUUGGUCCGAUAUGGCUCUUUCAACAUUUUGGGUCGCCGACCCCUGAUCUAGGCGCUUUCCAGAGACCCAGAACAUAAACCCCCGAGCAAUUAUUAUAUAAACAAUGGCAGGUAAAAACUCCCAUAGUGGGAGAAAAGCCUUAAGCCAAACAGUGGCAAGAAAAACCUGGACCAGGACCUGGAUCAUAAGGGGGUAGAAACCUGGACCAGGACCUGGAUCAUAAGAGGGUAGAAACCUGAACCAGGACCUGGAUCAUAAGGGGGUAGAAACCUGGACCAGGACCUGGAUCAUAAGGGGGUAGAAACCUAGACCAGGACCUGGAUCAUAAGGGGGUAGAAACCUGGACCAGGACCUGGAUCAUAAGGGGGGACCCUGCUGCCGGAGGCCAGACUGGGGUGGGGGGGCCAGGCAGUGUGAACCCAGUUUAAGUUUGGACCAUUUAUGGUUCACACUAUACACUGUAAAAAAAACAAAUAAUGUUGAAUUUGUUCUUCAGUUUUGCAAGUUAUAAUAAAUUAAUAUCCCAUUCAUUCUCCUUGUAAUUUGACUUUUAUCCUCAGCUAUUAAGAAUGAAUCCCAUAAUAUUGUAAUUUUUCUUCCGUAACUAGUUGAUUUUUAUUCUCUUUAUUUCUCUCAUUUGAUGUUUAUAUUCCCAAAGUCAGGACUUUGAGCCUCAUGUCCUUAUCUCUGUUCCAGAAUACGGCAACUUUUAGUGUUGUACUAUGAUCAAAUUUAAAUUUGUCAUAUCCAUUGUGUUACCAUUUCUACUCAAGUAAUUUACGACUUUUAUUCUCAUAGGAUUAACAACAGUAUUCUCAAAUUAGAUUAUUUUUUCCCAAAAUUACUGUACACAUGUAAUAUUAUAAAUUACAUUCAUCUGGGUCUUGAUCUUGAAGUUCAUUCUCAUGAACUUGGUAUGAUAUUCAGAUUUUUAUAAAAAUGUAACUUCUAAUAUCACUGAUUUGACAGUAAAACUCGCUCAUAGAUUCAAGAUUCUCAACAUUACUCAAAUUUUAGUAUUAACUAGUACUCAAUGUUUGUGGGACUUUAUAGGCUUGUUGGUCAUGGCUUUAUGGAAAGAAUGAACAAAAUCUGAAACCAAUCAGCCAAUAGGGGGUGAUUAUGAUUAGAAAAUAAUUGUUUUUGCUCAUAUAAUGAGGGUAAUGUGAAUUGAUAUGAAAACAAACUCCAAGGAUACUGAUGUCUUAAUCACUUAACUUCAUGGAAGUUGGUUCCAAAGUAAUGGUGCCUGAUAGCAGAACGCCCGCCCUCCAAAUCUACAUUUAGAUACUCUAGGAACUACGAGUAAACCUGCACCCUGGGAGCGGAGAGCUCGGCCAGGAACAUAAGGCACUAUCAAAUCUUGUAAAUACUGCGGAGCUAAGCCGUUUUGGGCUUUAUAUGCAAGUAAUAACAUUUUAAAUUGAAUUCUGAAUUUUA